CUCUCCAGGAGGAGCCGCCGCCACUGCCGCCGGCGCGGCGGAGCUGGGGCUGGUGGCGCUGUGGUGCCGCCGGCUCGGGGGAGGGUCGGAGCAGCCACCGGCGGCGGCGGCGGCGCGGCCCGGCUCCGGCCAGGCGGGCUGGUGGCCGGGCGGGCGCCCGCACUCCCUACCCCGGGCCGGGCCCGGCCGUUGUCCCCGCCUGUCACCGGCCCGGGCCGCGCCGCCCGCUCCGGCACCCGGCGCGUGGCUCGCGGCACGGACCCCCGGGUUUGUUUACGUCCCGGGGAGCGCCCCGGGGCCCCCAGCGCACCUCGCGUCCGCCCCGCUCUUUUGUGUGCCUGUGUUGGUGGCGGGGACCUGCUCCUCGGUGGCGGGGGACCCCCGCGGGGGUGCUUUGGGGAAACUUGGCGAGGGGCGGCGGGGGUGCCCGGCGCGCGGUGCCGCUGGGUCGCGGUGUCCCGGACCGCCGGGUGCGGGCGCGGGUGGAGGAGGUUGCAACUUUUCCCGAGCGCAGGCCCCGCGCUGUUCCCCCGGGUGCCCAGGCCUGGGACGCUGCCUCCUCGCCGCCGGUGCGAGCGGCGAAAGCUGCGUGCCAGGGGGCUCCGGCGGCCCCCGGUAACCUGCGGCUCCACCUCCCUUCCUGGCCUUCCCCGCGGGGCUUCUGCCCUCUCUGCAGGGCCCACCAUGGAGCGCGCGGCGGGUGCGCUCGAAGAUGCCUUCUCGGGCCGGGUUCUCGAAAGCAGAGCCCCGGGGGCCCGUUGGGAUCUUAGCGUACCGGGCGGUGGUCCGCGAGGGGAGUCCCCGGCGCCACGCGGGGACAGUGCCGGGGCUCCCCGGCCCGCGCCCGAGCCACCGCCGCCGUGCCCAGGGGGCGAGUGCCCGCCUGCCACCCCCCGCCCGGAGGAGCGGCGCGCCCUUAGGGUCCGCCCCGCACGUGCCAGCUCGGCGCCCGCGGCGCCCGGACAGCCGCGGGACUCUGCCAGGUGGAUGUUGUGCGUAGCCGGAGCCAAGUUGAAGAGGGAACUCGAUGCCACCGCAACGGUAUUGGCGAACCGGCAGGAUGAAAGCGAGCAGUCCAGAAAGCGGCUUAUCGAACAGAGCCGAGAGUUCAAGAAGAACACUCCAGAGGAUUUGCGCAAGCAGGUAGCGCCGCUGCUGAAGAGCUUCCAAGGAGAGAUUGAUGCACUGAGUAAAAGAAGCAAGGAAGCUGAAGCAGCUUUCUUGAAUGUCUACAAAAGAUUGAUUGACGUCCCAGAUCCGGUACCGGCUUUGGAUCUUGGACAGCAACUCCAGCUCAAAGUACAGCGGCUGCACGAUAUUGAAACAGAGAACCAGAGACUUAGGGAAACUCUGGAAGAAUACAACAAGGAAUUUGCCGAAGUGAAGAAUCAAGAGGUUACGAUAAAAGCACUUAAAGAGAAAAUCCGAGAAUAUGAACAGACACUGAAGAACCAAGCCGAAACCAUAGCUCUUGAGAAGGAACAGAAGUUACAGAAUGACUUUGCAGAAAAGGAGAGAAAGCUGCAGGAGACACAGAUGUCCACCACCUCAAAGCUGGAGGAAGCUGAGCAUAAGGUUCAGAGCCUACAAACAGCCCUAGAAAAAACUCGAACAGAAUUAUUUGACCUGAAAACCAAAUAUGAUGAAGAAACUACUGCAAAGGCCGACGAGAUUGAAAUGAUCAUGACGGACCUUGAAAGGGCAAACCAGAGGGCAGAGGUGGCUCAGAGAGAGGCGGAGACCUUAAGGGAACAGCUCUCAUCCGCCAAUCACUCCCUCCAGCUGGCCUCACAGAUCCAGAAGGCACCAGACGUGGAGCAGGCCAUAGAGGUGCUGACCCGCUCCAGCCUAGAAGUUGAGUUGGCCGCCAAGGAGCGGGAGAUCGCACAGCUGGUGGAGGACGUGCAGAGACUCCAGGCCGGCCUCACCAAGCUGCGGGAGAACUCGGCCAGCCAGAUCUCACAGCUCGAGCAGCAACUGAGCGCCAAGAAUAGCACGCUCAAACAACUGGAAGAAAAACUCAAAGGCCAGGCUGACUAUGAAGAGGUGAAGAAAGAGCUGAACAUUCUGAAGUCCAUGGAGUUUGCACCACCCGAGGGCGCUGGGACACAGGAUGCAGCCAAGCCCCUGGAGGUGCUGUUGCUGGAGAAGAACCGAUCGCUGCAGUCCGAGAACGCCGCGCUGCGCAUCUCCAACAGCGACCUGAGCGGGUCAGCCAGGAGAAAAGGUAAAGACCAGCCUGAAAGUCGGCGCCCGGGAUCUUUGCCGGCCCCCCCUCCUUCUCAGUUGCCCCGCAACCCGGGGGAGCAGGCUUCCAAUACUAAUGGUACACACCAGUUCUCACCAGCGGGGUUAAGUCAAGACUUUUUCAGCUCAUCCCUGGCAAGCCCCAGCCUACCCCUGGCUUCUACAGGAAAAUUUGCACUAAACUCUCUUCUCCAGCGACAGCUAAUGCAGUCCUUCUACUCCAAGGCUAUGCAGGAAGCCGGAAGCACAAGCAUGAUUUUUUCAACAGGUCCAUACAGCACAAACUCCAUAUCUUCCCAAAGUCCAUUACAACAAAGCCCAGAUGUCAAUGGCAUGGCCCCAUCCCCCAGCCAGUCAGAAAGUGCUGGGAGCGUCUCCGAGGGCGAGGACAUGGACACUGCAGAAAUCGCCCGGCAGGUCAAAGAGCAGCUGAUUAAGCACAAUAUCGGACAACGGAUUUUCGGACAUUACGUCUUGGGACUGUCUCAAGGGUCCGUGAGCGAGAUUCUGGCGCGGCCCAAGCCAUGGAAUAAACUGACUGUUCGCGGCAAGGAGCCAUUUCACAAGAUGAAACAGUUCCUCUCUGAUGAGCAGAACAUCCUGGCCCUCCGUAGCAUCCAAGGCAGACAAAGAGAGAAUCCAGGCCAGAGCCUGAACAGACUAUUUCAGGAAGUACCGAAACGAAGAAAUGGGUCUGAAGGUAACAUCACCACCCGGAUCCGAGCCUCCGAGACUGGCUCCGAUGAAGCCAUCAAGUCCAUCCUAGAGCAGGCGAAGCGGGAGCUCCAAGUGCAGAAAACCGCAGAGCCGGCCCAGCCUUCCUCCGCAUCCGGCAGCGGGAACUCCGAUGACGCCAUCCGCUCCAUCCUGCAGCAAGCCCGCCGGGAGAUGGAGGCCCAGCAAGCCGCCCUCGACCCCACCUUAAAGCCGGCACCGCUGUCCCAGAGCGACAUCACCAUCCUCACCCCCAAGCUUCUGUCCACCUCGCCCAUGCCGACCGUGUCCACCUACCCACCUCUUGCCAUCUCCCUGAAGAAGCCCCCCGCAGCUUCCGAGGCGGGUGCCUCUGCUCUGCCGAACCCCCCGGCCCUCAAAAAGGAGGCCCAGGACACCCCCGGGCUGGACCCCCAGGGCGUGGCUGAUUGUCCACAAGGGGUCCUGAGACAGGUGAAAAACGAGGUGGGCCGCAGCGGCGCGUGGAAGGAUCACUGGUGGAGCGCGGUGCCGGUGCAGCCGGAGAGGAGAAACGCCACUGGCUCCUCCGAGGAGGCCAAGGCCGAAGAAGCGGGCAGCGGGAAAGAGAAGGGCGGUGGUGGCAGCGGCGGCGGCAGCCAGCCUCGGGCGGAGCGCAGCCAGCUCCAGGGACCCGCGUCGUCAGAAUACUGGAAGGAGUGGCCCAGCGCGGAGUCCCCGUACUCCCAGAGCUCAGAGCUGAGUCUGACUGGGGCCAGCCGCAGCGAGACGCCACAGAACAGCCCCCUGCCAUCCUCCCCGAUCGUGCCCAUGUCCAAGCCCACCAAGCCCUCGGUCCCCCCGCUGACCCCCGAGCAGUACGAGGUCUACAUGUACCAGGAGGUGGACACCAUCGAGCUCACCCGGCAGGUUAAGGAGAAACUGGCCAAGAACGGCAUCUGCCAGAGAAUCUUCGGGGAGAAGGUGUUGGGCCUGUCCCAGGGCAGUGUCAGCGACAUGCUAUCCCGACCGAAGCCGUGGAGCAAGCUGACGCAGAAAGGCCGAGAACCCUUCAUCCGGAUGCAGCUCUGGCUGAAUGGCGAGCUGGGCCAGGGUGUUCUACCCGUCCAGGGCCAGCAGCAAGGGCCAGUACUCCACUCCGUGACGUCGCUCCAGGACCCCCUGCAGCAGGGCUGUGUCAGCUCAGAAAGCACUCCAAAGACCUCAGCCAGCUGCAGCCCCGCCCCCGAGUCCCCGAUGAGUUCCAGCGAGUCGGUGAAGAGCCUGACCGAGCUGGUCCAGCAGCCCUGUCCCCCCAUAGAGGCCAACAAGGAUAGCAAGCCCCCGGAGCCCAGUGACCCGCCAGCAUCCGACUCCCAGCCCGCAACCCCGCUGCCUCUCUCCGGACACUCGGCCCUCAGCAUCCAAGAACUGGUAGCCAUGUCCCCAGAGCUGGACACCUACGGCAUAACCAAGCGGGUGAAGGAGGUGCUGACGGACAACAACCUCGGCCAGCGCUUGUUUGGGGAAACCAUCUUAGGGCUCACCCAAGGCUCUGUCUCUGACCUCCUUGCCCGCCCAAAACCCUGGCAUAAGCUCAGUCUGAAAGGACGGGAGCCCUUCGUCCGGAUGCAGCUGUGGCUGAACGACCCCAACAAUGUGGAGAAGCUGAUGGACAUGAAACGGAUGGAGAAGAAAGCCUACAUGAAGCGGCGGCACAGCUCAGUCAGUGACACUCAGCCCUGUGAGCCACCCUCCGUUGGCACCGAGUACAGCCAGAGCGCCAGCCCCCAGCCGCAGCACCAGCUGAAGAAACCCCGGGUGGUGCUGGCUCCUGAGGAGAAGGAGGCCCUGAAACGAGCGUAUCAACAAAAGCCAUACCCGUCACCAAAAACCAUCGAAGACCUCGCCACCCAGCUCAACCUGAAAACCAGCACCGUCAUCAACUGGUUUCACAACUACAGGUCUCGGAUCCGCAGAGAACUGUUCAUUGAGGAGAUCCAGGCCGGGAGCCAGGGCCAGGCGGGCGCCAGCGACUCCCCGUCGGCCCGCAGCGGCCGCGCGGCGCCCGGCUCGGAGGGCGACAGCUGCGACGGCGUGGAGGCCGCCGAGGGCCCGGGCGGCGCCGACGCGGACGAGCCCAAGUCUCAGGGAGAGGCCGAGCGGGACGAGGCGCCGCGGCCGGCGGAGCAGACGGAGCCGCCGCCCUCGCGGACCCCGGGCCCGGACGACGCCCGCGACGACGAGCACCACGAGGGCGCCCCCGCGGACGGCCCGGGGCCGCCGCCCAGCCCCGCGCCCGCGCCCGCCGCGCCCGCCGCGCCCGAGGACGCCGCUACCUCAGCCGCCGCCCCGCCCGGCGAGGGCCCCGCGGCCCCGAGCUCCGCGCCGCCGCCCGGCAGCAGCGCCCCCCGCAGGCCCAGCUCGCUGCAGAGCCUCUUCGGCCUCCCCGAGGCCGCGGGCGCCCGGGACUCGCGCGACAACCCCCUGCGCAAGAAGAAGGCCGCGAACUUGAACAGCAUCAUCCACCGCCUGGAGAAGGCCGCCAGCCGGGAGGAGCCCAUCGAGUGGGAGUUCUGAGGGGCCGCGCCGCCGGGCCGGGCCGCGGAGGCCUGGGCGGGCCCGACGACGGGGCUCGAACCGCGGCCCGCGCCGACCCCGGGGCCGGACCUGAGCGCGCGCGCGCGUGUGCGCGCGGCCCAGACCCCCGCGCGGUCCGCGGCCCCCCCCCCACCGCCACCCCGCGGCCCGGACCGCGCUGCGCACUUCCCGCCCUGCGGGCCACAGGGCAAAAUCGCCAUAGGCCAAGGUGCAUAUAGAAAACAAAGGAGCAUUAAGCCCAAUCUAUGUCGUGUUUUCGAGGAAGAAAACAGAAACGUGUGGUCGAGCUUUUUUGUACCCUGAAGUGUUUUUUUUAUUGCCCUAAGUGAUUUCCACAGGUUCUGGAAUAACUCUUACAGCUUUGCCUUGUGUCCUCCUGUUCCGUGUGGGCUUUAAAAAAAAAAAAAAAAAAAUCAAACCCACAUAUUAAAAGGGGGCUUUUUAUCUGCCAUCUAAUGGCUUCAGAGCGAUAAUACACUAUUAUCUUCUUAAACCAGGAAAAAAAAAAGGGGGGGGGGAGGGAUUUUUCAGAAAAAUUAAAAAAGAAAGUUUUUGUAGCUGUUCAGUUGCCACUAAGAGAUUGCACAGUCAAAACGACUCUAAACACACUAGUUUGGAUUCCUAAAUAUUUUCAAGAAAAGAAAUCUUCUCGUUUGAAACUUUGAAUUAAAAUAAAACACAUUUACUCCACAUAUUUUUUAACAAAAAAGAAGACGUCACAUCAGGAAACUCUGAUUUUGUGGUAGCUGACAUAGUGUUUUCUUGUACGUGAAUAGAAUCCUGACAUGUAGUGCACAUCAAUGUAUAGCUUUAACUGACCCUGGGUUUUGCAGACCAGGGUUUGUUUAAUACACUCCAUUCUAGGCCAAAUCAGGACAGGAAAAAAAGAAAAAAAAAAAAAAGAAAAAAAAAAAAGAAGAAGAAAGAAGAAGAAAAGAUCCGAAUCUAGGUAUUUUAUAAUCUGCUUUUUAACCUCUAACCGCAGAGCACGCUGAUCAGACCUCAUAUCUUGGAGGUUUAGGAGACAAGUUAGAACUGUAGCAUGUACCUGUUAAUUUUGUUUAAUUUAUGGUGUCUCAGUCUGUCUGUGCGUCUGCACGUGUGCAAACAUGGAAAGAAAGAAGGAGAGGGUAGUCAGGCCGGCGCAGCAGGCAGUUCCAAGGCCAGACAGGCAGGCCGGUGGCCACGUAGAUAGCAGUCUGCGAAUCUCUCUCUGGCACAAAAGGCACCUCACCUCACACCACUCUCCUGGGCACCUGAUGAACUGAGCCCUCCCAGGGGAAGACACUCCCCAGGCCUGGGCAGGGCUUGCACUCACACUCUCUCUCUUUCCCUUUUUCUUCCCACCACAAGCACUGAUGACCCUGUUGAACUCGUGGGAAACUUCCUUUCUCUGCGGGAGAGAGAACGUGGCAGUCUGGGCUCCCCAUUCCCAUCCCUGUAGAAAUGGCCCAAAUUCACACCAAAACGUGGAUGCUCAACUUCCAGACCAACCAUUUGCCCUGCAUUCAUUUCGCCUCUUAGAAAGUUCUUUUAUGCACAGUUUUAGGGCAGUCUAAGUACACACCGAAAGUCUAACUUGUCUCUGACUCCUCCCUUGUCUAUGUGUAUAUGCGUGAGAAUAGAGGCGGGUGAGAGUGUGUGUGUGUGUGCGUGUGUGCAAUUUUAUACGUCUGUGUAUUUUCUUAAGUACCUGUGCACACGUAGAGUGCAUUACUGCCACCUUUUUCAAUAAGCUGUUUUAUCAGUUAUGGCUUCUACAAGUUUGCUAAUUUAGACUCCUUUAUUGCCAUAUCUUUAAACUAACAAUAGAUGAUUUCGGUAUAUAUAUAUAUUUUUUUUUGCUUAUUUAUAGGUGCUGUAUUUUAUUAUCUGAUUGUUAGGAAGGGAUGAAAGGGGCAAAUAUUCUUUAGAGGGAUAGACUGCCGGCAGUAUUGGGUAUAAUUUACAAGAUGUAGUUGUCAUACUGUAUAUUACUGAUUGAAAACUUUUUGACCGUAUUGUGUAUCAUUGAAACCUUUGUCUUAGGUCAACAUCUUUGGAUGACAUUUUAAUGGUGCAUUCAUUAUUUCUUAAGUUUAAUUAAUAUUACUUUUUUUUUUUUUUUUUGAUUUGGGGGGUGGGAGGGAGUUAUAAUUUUAAAGGUAUGCUCUGGCUGUUCCACCUCCGUGUGCUUGUUAAUUAUCUUGUAGGACUUUGACUGUAAGAUGUGAAACCACGUUUCUUGCAUGAUGUUUUAGAGAUUAUUUCAUUUAGAGUCUUUUUAACCUGCAGCUGCAGCACUUAGUUCACGUUUUCACAAGUUUUUGAGAGUCACUACACUAAAGACAAUGCCUUUUCGUGAAUAAGAAGUUUUCAGAAGGCUCUAGGGGGCUGGGAGGCAGGCCAUUUGUUUGUCUUUCGAUGGGGGUAUCAUUUCUGAACUUGAAAUCUGGUUCAGGAAGAAGAGAAUUCAAAAUUGGAGGAGCUUAAGGGGACACGGGUCAACAUCUGGCUCAAUUCAAGUGCAUUGAGAGGAGAGAGCUCACACCAGUGACCCUCGGGACAGUGAGUAGCGGAGCCCUGGCCACUGUGUGUCUCCACAGAAACCUCAAGGGACUUUUGUCAUCAUGGAUGAUGAAUCUCUAUCAUCUAAUUUUCAUAAGAAUGGAAAGCAAGAAGUUAACAGGAAAUCAUAGGCUAGGGCUUAGUUUUAAAGGCAUGACUGUUAUUUACAGAGAUGUUAAAUCCGAGGAAAUUGACAAAUAUAUAGAUCUGUCCAUUCUAGUGGCCAAACAGUAACAGUCUAAAAUGCAGUCAUUUUGGCCCUCCCAAGCAAUUUAGUCGUAUUUGUUGUCUUCUCUUUUUUAUUUUUCUCUUUUUAAUUCUUAACUAGAUUACUCUUGAUUCCCAUUCUGUCUCUUUUUUUUUUUUUUUUUUUUUUUUGCCGGACUUACAUCUGGGUGCCGGAUACAAUCCGUUGGUUACAUUUUGCUUGCAGUUUUGUGUAUUUUUUUCCUCUAUUAUUUAUUUUUAAAAACAAACCUGGAGAUCCCAACCUUACGAUCUUUGAUGUUAAGCUAGUGCUGUCUGUAAUACUUCUAAGAGCUGCCACUAAGAUAAUACAGCAAUCCGUGGCCAGGGGGGCAGCGCCUCCCUCCUGGUCGGACCCCUCAGUUGGAGUCUAAGGGUUAAUCUCUCAUCUUGCUAAGCAGUAUUCAAGUGCCUUGAACAGUGUCCCCUCCUUGUGGCUCCCCUUCAGCAGGCUGGCGUUCCAAGCAGUGGCUCCCGAAGGCAGCCGACCCCCUUCCUCUUCACGCUCUAUGAGUUUAAAAAGCUGAUUUGUACCUCUCCCCUGGGGGAAACGGUUCCAUAUAAAACACUAACACUUAAUUACAAGCUCCAUUAUGCCAUUUUAAAUGGAUUCUUUUUGUUAAUUGGAGGCAGUGUUCACAACUUAAGGCUUUUGCCAUUAACUUAGCUGGCUAAGCGGAGGUGCGGCAUAAAAUCAGUGUUUGCGUUUAGCCUCUUGACCCAGGGUUACCGCCCGAGCUCCCUUAUGGUACCCAAGACGGCAGGUGUGUGGGUUCUGUCCUAGACCUGUGCCCAACUCACUUCCACCCCAGAGCAGUCUUCUCUCCUCCUCCCCCACCCCCCCAGCUCCCAGGGAGCCUCCUCUUGAACUUCUGUAUCUGUGAAGACCUCUGUGGUUUCUGGCCACCAGACAUCUCUUUAGAAAGGAUUAUCAGAGCUGUGGAGCUCAGCUCAGCUAGAUUCUUCUAGAGGAUCUUAGGAGGCAUCUUGGCAUGAGGCACCUUCUAAGUGUCUCCUGGGGCAGGAUCGGGGCAGACAGCCCAGGGAUGCGUGCUUGCGAGAACUCAGAAAUGCCAGGAUCGUGGCUCGUAGACAUCCACCAUCAAACCAUGCUACUUUGUCUAUGCAAGUAAUUGAGGCGAAAGAUACCAGCUGACGGCCUCCUUGGGGCAGAUCCCUUGCACCUCCAAAGUACAAAUGCCUCCCUGCUCAGUUUUCUUCCUGUCAGUAUCUUUGUGUUCUUCCCAUUGAACAACCAUCCUGUCUGAUGUGGAUGUUCAGGUUUGCUGGUUGGUGGUCCCGGCCCAGAGUGCAGCAGAGCUCUAGGUUAAAUGUACCUUUCUGGCCACUGCCCAAGCCCAGGUGGCCAGCUCUCAUACCCCAUCUCUCUCCUUGGCCAGGGCCAGCAUCAGGCAUGCAGCUCAUGGCCAGUUUUCGCAGGCUGUACUCUAAUUCGGAGAGAGUGCUGUGGGCUUUGGUUGACUACUUUAAGAUCAUGCCACAGCCAGGCCCUAAAAAAGAGGGGAGCCGGAGUCCCCAGGUGAGCUCUGUCACGGGCAGGUGCCUUCCCAACUAAGGUCGGACCGGACAGCUUUGCCCCUGCACGCAUGUCCUUUGAUACAGGGGUGAUCAGUGAACUCCGUUGACAGUCUAUGCAAUGUUUUUCAUUCCUCUGAUUUUAGCAAAGUAAAUCUCACUGAAAAAUAGAGCCGGGGGAACAGACGCGCGUCCUUCUGGGAGUCGCACAAAGAAAAGCAGAGAUAGUGACUUACAGGAUUUUGAACCGAGGGAUGACAGCCUUUGCCUUAAAUGCACUAUGACAGGCACUUCUUGGCAGGCCAGUAAAAACAAAAGUCCAUAGAUCUCACUCAUCCCAACCUGUCCCGGGAGAAAUGGCAACAUGGGGCGCGGUGAGCAUGCUGGGCUGGGCUGUUGGCUGUGGUACUUUAGGCUGGAGGUUGGGCUCCUGUGCUGCCCGGGGGGCCCUGUCCCUCCCCGGAUGUCCUCCGUCUUCACACUCCUCACUGUCCCUUCUACCUCACUAACCUGUGUUCUCCAUCUGAUAUCACCAGAACCACGCCCCACAGAUCUGUGAGGCACGUGGGCUGCAGGGGGUGGAAAAGCUACCAGUGGGGCCAACGCGAGCAUGCCUCUGCCGGCGGGCGGGCUUUGUGUCUCUCUCCCUUUGUGAGCACAACAGACAGACAGCUGUGCCCUGCAAGGCACAUGAAUUUCUCUCUUGAUUUCCACCUGUUCCCGAAGCUCCAGCAGCUGUGUCUUUUGCAGGCAGGGCACGGUCUCGGGCCUCCGAGGAUCUUGUCUGUUCUUUUCUGCCCACUCCUGUUCAGCUGUUCGGAUCCAUCAUGGCCAUUUUCCUUGCCCCGGGCUGCCCCAGCAUGGCCACAUGAGGAUGCAUCCCAAGAUUCCCAGCUGGCUUCGGGGAGCGCUGUAGCUCUUGGGCGUCUGUUGUCUCUGGCAAAGUCUCAGCCUCACUGCGAACGCUCCUUUGCAAACAGCAAACAUCUCAAAGGCGGAAAAGGGUAGAUGGCUUCCUCCAGCCUUGCAUCGCCCGCUUAUCUCAAAAGAACAGGCCAGUUCCCAUCCACCACCGAAGAAAACCAGCUCCUGGGCCUCUGGUUGGAUGUGGGUCUGUCCAGUCUGGGGGCCAAAGUGUUUCCCUGCUGGAGAGAAUUUGCAAGGAAGCCCUAGGGAUUGGGACAGCAUCCUGUUCGUGGCAGGGACCAGCCAAAGCUCACAUUUAGAAACCCCCCUCCACCCCCAGGGCUUCUGUGGUUUCACCUGGGCGUCGAUGACAUUAGGGACGUCUUUGUGACCACAAGGAUAGGGUUUAUGCCCUGAGUGGCAAGGUGGUGACCUGGAGUCAGUGUGAUGUGGUUGGAUCUCAGCGUGUACUGAAUGCCAGUCUGGCCGGCACACUCAAACGCUAAGGGAAUGGUCCAGUCUGACGAUUUUAUUUCUAUUUCCAUCAGGUUUUGACUUUCUGUAGAUGAAAACUACAAGGGAAAAGAGAAAGCAAGUACCCAAUAAAGUCUAGAAAGAUCCAGUCCAGGAAAUCCUUAGAGAUGGGCUGUAGUUAAGUCCACAACCGCCAGGCUUAAUCCGGACAGAAGAGGAGUGGACGUGGGUAGCAGAGCGUAAACUGAGCCCCGGCCCUGCUUCCAGCCCCCCAGCCCAGUCUUGCCCGUCCCAGAGGCCCCAGCAGCCUGUGCACCUCACCACCCGCCCCGGGUCAAGGGAGUAGAAGGAAAUGCAGUUUCCUCCUGUCUUCCCCAACCUCCAAAAACGGCCCCCUCCUCCCAGGCCUCUCCCACCACCACCUCCCCUCCAAAGAUAACCAUGUCCACGCCAUCCGUGGCAUCAUCUCGAGUUUUCAUUUUUGGAUGAAGUGACAUUUAGCUUUAACGAGACAUUUCCAAAGCGCCUAGACUCCUCCAAAAUGCUAACUUUAAAAGUUGGGCAUUGUAGGCGAAAAAUCCUGAUAAAAAAAAAAAAAAAAAAAAAAAAAAAAUAAGGCUGAAAGAGAGAAAGACAUUUGGCCAUGUAUAAAUGUGCACUUCCCCACCCCCGCCCCGUUCUUAAACUCUUAAGAUGCCUUUGAGUUGCUUUUCAUGAAUCCUUUUAGUUUACCCAGUAAUGUUAAGAAAGCAUUAGUCUGCGUUACUGUAAUUUCUGUAGUGUUUAGGCUUUAAUUUCUACCACAAAAAUAUGCUAUAUGCUAUGUAUCAAGCUUUCUGUAAUCAGAAAGGAAAGGUGCCUUAUAUCCCAAUGUCACGGCUACAUCCCUAUGGAAAUUAAACAGAAGCACAGUGUGUACGGAAGCAUUGGGACUUCUGCUGGUGAAACAAGACACCGUUCAGCAAGACACGUUGAAGUGGCACGGAGCUGCUUUCAUUUUAUAAUUCCUUCCCCCCCCUUCUUUUUUUUUUUGUAGUUUGCUUUAAACAGAAAGCACUUAAAUAGAUGACUUAUGUGUAAAAGCUCUGUGCAAUUGAAAUCAUUUUUCUUUUUUUUAAAAAAAAAAUAAAUAACGUAUUGCACACCAAAUGAACUCAAAGUAAGCUUUAGACCAGGACGAUUCAGGUUAUGAAUGGGUUUGUUCACUGUAGUUCCGUUUGUUCAUAUACCGAAGGGAAAACAGGCCUCCCCCACCCCUUCCAGUCUCCCAGUCUGCCUCUUGGUGACCGCUGAGCUGGGUGUGCAGGGCCCACAGGCUCUGGCCAGAGCCGCUGGCCUGGCGAGGCAGGAUGGUGUGUGUCGGUGAUUCAGAAGCUGAGAGCCUUCCCCAGUGUGCGAGGCCACAGCCGUCCCUUCCAGCACUUAACCUUGUCUUGUUGAAAUGGACUGACUGCUACUGACCUGCCGGCGUGCGUGAGGGUGAUUAUAAAAGGAUGUUUCCUUGAGAAAAAAAAAAAAAAAAAUUAUUCCUAUCCUCUUCUAUUUAUUAUUAGGUUAAUCAUUUAAGUACUUACCAGGAGUGUAUUGUUAUUUUGUGUUUUGUUGUCAUAAAUGCUUUUUGCUGUCACUCUAGUGGUUACUGUCCUCUGCCUUCCUCUCCCCCUCAGCCCCCCCCAGAGAAUCAAGGCAUCUGGGGGACCGAUUGGGGGACAGGGGGGGUUUCCCCAGCAAAGUCAAACACCUGUCUCCAGAGUAGCCGCUCAAAAACUGGCGGUCUCUAUGUCUCUGACUUUUUAAACGAGAGUAUAUGAACAAAAAUCUACCAACAUGUAAAGGGAGAGCUGAGUUGAAGGAUACUCGCUUGAGGAGCUGCAGAGGAGUCUUAGAAAAACCAAGUUCAGUUCCCCAAAGCCUCCUAGAGCCUCUGGUAAGACUUCUGGGUUCAUGAAGUUUCAGCCAACCCAGUUCAGAGAGGGUGAAGUGGCCCGGUCAAGACGAUCACUUCCAAGCGAGAGAGUGAUUUCUGGCAAGGCCCACUCGGGUUGGUAUGUUCUGGUUGGGUUUUGUUGUGGUGGUGGUUUUCUUGCAUACAAAGUUGGUCAAAACCAUCUCUCAAAGCAACAGUGUUUCGUGGUACCAGCUGUGGCUUGAGGGCUCACCUAGGAGGUGCCGGGCAGAGGGCCCCUGUCCCCUAUAGGUGGUUCAGUGUGGAGGAAGGUUGGGUGUGGAGAUUGCUUGCAGUGGCCCCGAGCAGGACACCCAGUGGCUCGCCAGUGGGGUGUGAAGGUGAGACGGCCUGCCUGGAGCCCACGGGCCCAGCAGAAGGAACCUUCCCCCAGGCCAAGGCAAGGGUGCUGCUUAGUUGCACGGGAGGCCGGGCGGGACACCCCUUUCCAGGCCAUCACCUCCCCUUCUCCAAAAUCGAUGGGGGGGGGGGUCCUGAUUUUGUUCUCUCUUUGACAGAAACCCUCUACCGAAACAAAGGUCUCCAUCUCCCCCAAAAGCUUUUUUUUUUUUUUUUUUUUUUUCAUUUUUCUCUAAUUACUCUAUGCAUUUCUCUCUCUCAAGCCAUCUUCUGCCUCUUCCCUUGAGACAGGGGGUGUCUCACGUCCCCCCGCUUCUGAGACCUCUUGGGGGGAAAAUGCCGUGCGUUUUGGAGACGUGAGAAUUCACCCCAAGUUCUUACAGCAUGGGAGAUAGCUUGUUGUAAAAGUAAAAGGGGGGGGAAGAAGAAGGUGGUUUCCCCCACAUCUCUUUCCACUGAAUGAGAGGACUUAGUUCUUUGCGUUUGUGCAAUAACCCUUCGCUGCUCGCCUUGAGAGCGGGCAGCACCACGCUUCUGUCCAGACUACUAUCAGCGCAAGACGCACUCGCAGGGUGGCGCAAUCUUCCGGAAAACUCUUUAUAAGCUCAGCUCCCCCCGCCCCCGUGUUCCGUCACGUCUUACAUUUUAGCAGUAUUUGAUAUUUUCUGUGACGCACCACGUCUUAGAUCUUUCUCAAGCUUCUUUGUUCAUCCUUGCAGUCACAGAUUUUUUUUUUCCCCUCGAAUCCUCACAGAGACCCAAUUGACCAAAAAAAGAAAAAAGAGAAAAAAAAAAAAAGGCGUCUUUUUUUUUUUUUUUUUGUACAAAUCGCUUUGAGAUGCCUCUGUUGUGUUGCUGUGUGACUUCUCUCUGAUAACAUUUUCUUUUUCGAUAUUUGUUUUUCUACAUUAAGAGUCAAAGUUGAACCGGCUGGCGCGGGGGUGGGGGAGGCACCCGUCGGCCCCUUGGUGUUGUUCCUCUGUCCUUGGUUAGCCAUACAAUGUUUGUUCUCAGCACUGUACAACGGUCCCUAUAUAAUACGGAGAAGCAAUAUCACUGUAUGAAACUCACACCAUGUAUUAUUAUUCACUAGCACCCUAGGUGUGAUAAUUGAAGUAAAUAUCUUUUAUACAAACACAA